GGGGUUGUAAUCAAAAGGUUAUCCAUAAAUGUGCUUAUUUUAAUAAUCAUAAUAAUACCUUACUUUUAUUAUUGACAACGAUCCACUACUAUAAUCGACUAUCGUAUGUGACAAAUGAAGAAAUACAUUUAUUUAGACCUUUUAAGAAAAAAUGACAAAAUGAACGCAGCACAUAGUAAAAAGUGUAGAACGGAUUUAGGUGCAGUUCCACGGAGGUUCUACUAGGGGCAGCACCGUGACUACGCAGCAAGCUGCGGCAGACGAAGAAGAGCUCAACGCAAGUGAGCGUUGCUCUGUUGCAGUCACAAAUCGAUAUUCGGCCGUCUGGCUACCUCCACACUAGCCUGUUUUCAUUUUCUUUUCAGCACCCGGCGCCGUCCGAGUGUCCCCCGGCGGCAUGUCCAGCUUCCAGCGGCUCCAAGCGGCCAUCAACGAGCGUCUGUGCGCGGCCGCCGAGGAGAUCUUUGAGGCGGUCAAAAGCACCAUCGUCGGCCUUGAGGAGGAGCUCCGGCAGUCCAAACUGGAGCUCGAACGCCACCAAAGACACAAACAACACACAGAUCCACCGAAGCAGUCUCUCUCCAUCUGGCCUGAACUUCGGCGGCUGCAGGGCGGGUCUGAGCUGUGCGGGCAAGACUGGAAAGCGCCGCUGGAGCAGGAUCCCACUGGCAGUGACCGGGACAGCGAUGAGGAGUGGCGGCCUGGCGAGAGCGACGAGGCAAAGGAAAAAACAGCAAUAAAGGCCAAGCCCCCCUUCAGCUGCAAAGUGUGCGGGAAGGGGUUCCACGUCGUCCUCUCCUUAGCCAGUCACAUCGAGGCGCACCCCAAGGACGUGUGCGGCGUGUGCGGCGAGCGCUUCGACUCGGAGGAAAGCUUCGUCCUUCACAUUGAGACGCACGCGCGGGACGGCGCGAGCGGCAAAGGCUCGGGCGCGGCUCUGGAGACGCACUCGCGCGUGCACACGGGCACGAAGCCGUUUAUGUGCGGCGAGUGCGGAACGGAGUUCAAAUGUCAACGCAGCUUCACGAGACACACGCGCACGCACACAGGAGAGAAACCUGAUGCCUACCGGGAGACCAACAUCACGGUGGCGCCGUUUUCACAAUUCCAGAGCGUGAAAGACUAUGGGCAGAACAGCGCACAGGAGGAGCAGGUGUCCGCGGCGUGCGGCGACGACGACGACGACAAGGUGGCGUGCGAACAGGAAGUGGCGUGUGAAGAUGACGGCGACGGGGCCUCCCUGGACCAGAAACCGUCUCUACCAAACGCACAGGGUGAGGACAGCGAUGAGGAGUGGCAGCCCAGCAAGAGCGACGGGGGCAAGAAGAAAACGAUCCAGAAGGCCAAGCCAUCCUUCAGCUGCAAAGUGUGCGGGAAGAGCUUCCACGCCGUCAUCUCGCUGGCCAAUCACAUCGAGGCGCACCCCAAGGACGUGUGCGGCGUGUGCGGCGAGCGCUUUGAUUCGGAGGAACGCUUCGAGUGUCACGUCAAGACGCACGCGAAGGGCAGCGUGUGCAGCGUCUGCGGCAAAGGCUUCGGCACGGCCAAGGCUCUGGAGACGCACGUGCGCGUGCACACGGGCGAGAAGCCGUUUGUGUGCGCCGAGUGCGGAAAGGCAUUCAAUUGUCAGCACAACUUGACGAGGCACAUGCGCAGGCACACGGGAGAGAAACCCUACGCCUGCGAGAUAUGCGGACAGCAAUUCAGCGACCACUCCACCAGGAAGCGCCACAUGCUGGUGCACGAGAGCGAGACGGAAGCGAGCGGCAAGCAGCCCAAGAGUCGCGUGGUGUGCGUGGUGUGCGGCAAAUUGUUCCACUCCAUCAUUUCUCUGGUCAACCACGCCGACAGCCACCAGACGGACUGCGGCGUCUGCGGCGCGCGAGCGGACGACCUCAAGGCGCACCUGCGGACGCACAACAACGGCAAAGCGUGCAAGGUGUGCGGCAAGCGUUUCGACGGCGGUCGCGAUCUGGACACUCACAUGCGGGUGCACACGGGCGAGAAGCCUUUCCUGUGCAGCGAGUGCGGGAAAGCAUUCAACUGUCAGCACAACAUGUUGCGCCACAUGCGCACGCACACGGGCGAGCGGCCCUUCGCCUGCGAUGUGUGCGGGAAGCUCUUCAACGACUACUCGGCCAGGAUGCGGCACCUGAUCACGCACCGGAAGGGCAAAAAGUUGGACGGCGAGCGUGCGCGAACAUCCAAGAAAAGCCGCGUCAUCUGCGUGGUGUGCGGACGCAUGUUCCACUCCAUCAUCUCGCUGGUCAACCACUCCGGUGGCCACCAGACAGACUGCGGCGUGUGCGGCGCUCACGCGGACAAUCAAGACAAACUGAAAGUGCACCUGAUGACGCACAGCAACGGGAAAGUGUGCCAGGUGUGCGGGAAGUGCUUCGACAGCCGCAGGGAUCUGGACACCCACAUGCGGGUGCACACGGGCGAGAAGCCGUUCGCCUGCGGCGUGUGCGGAAAAGCCUUCAACUGUCAGCACAACAUGACGCGGCACAUGCGCACGCACACGGGCGAGAAGCCGUACGCGUGCGAAGUGUGCGGACGCCGCUUCGGCGACCAGUCGUCUCUCAAAAAGCACAACGACAUGCACACGGGCGAGAAGACGCACGGGUGUGAGCUCUGCGGGAAGACCUUCUUCCGCAAGGCCAACCUCAGGGAUCACAUGAAGUGCCAUGGGGCUGAACAUUGACGUCCACUACAGCCUUUCCCUGUGUUUCUAUAUAUUUUUCCUAUUCUGUGAUAUUUGUUCAAAAACUCACCGACUUGCUUUUAUUUUGCUCAGGCCAAAGCCCUGUCUAAUAUAAAAGUGGUGCUUUGGCGCAUAUUGUAGCAGCUUUUUGCCAAGGAACUACAGUAGGGCCUUGAAAUACGAGUAACGCACCGUCGAGGUUUUCUGACCAAUUUUUUUGUUUUGUUUAGAUUUGUGAGUGAAAACUUGAAAUGAGGCUUUAUGGUGACAGUGAAUGCAACUCGCUUCUCAGAAAGCAGGAGUUUGCCCAAUUGUUCCAAAAAGAGGCUUCUAGCCCAAUUCCAAUGAAGUUGGGACGUUGUUAAACAUAAAUAAAAACAGAAUAUAAUGCUUUGCAAAUCAUGUUCAACCUAUAUUUAAUUGAAUACACCACAAAGACACGAUAUGUAAUGUUCAAACUGUGAACAAGUGCGUGAGAAAAUAGUCCAACAGUCCAAGGACAAUGUUCCUCAACGUACAAUUGCAAGGAAUUUAGGGAUUUGCGUGUUAAGUGUUAUGGGCACAAAGUUGAAAAAUCAGCAUUUGUGAAGGUAUGGGGCUGUGUUAGUGCCAAUGGCAUGGGUAACUUACACAUCUGUGAAGGCACCAUUAAUGCUGAAAGGUACAUACAGGUUUUGGAGAAACAUAUGCUGCCAUCCAAGCGACGUCUUUUUCAUGGACGCCCCUGCUUAUUAUUAGACAAUGCCUAACCACAUUGUGCACGUGUUACAACAGCGUGGCUUCGUCGUAAAUGAGUGCGGGUACGAGACUGGCCUGCCUGCAGUCCAGGCCUGAAAAAGUCAAAUUGAAAAUGUGUGGCGCAUUAUGAAGCGUCAAAUACAACAACGGAGAACCUGGACAGUUGAACAGCUGAAGCUGUACAUCGUGCAAGAAUGGGAAAGAAUUCCACCUACAAAGCUUCAACAAUUGGUGUCCUCAGUUCCCAAACGUUUAUUGAAUGUUGUUAAAAGAAAAGUUGAUGUAACACAGCGGUAAACAUGAGCCCGUCCCAGCUGUUUUGGAACGUGUUGCAGCCGUAAAAUUCGAAGUUCAUGAUUAUUUGCUAAAAACAAUCAAGUUGAUCAAUUUGAACAUGAAAUAUAUUGUCUUUGUAGUGUAUUCAAUUAAAUAUAGGUUGAACAUGAUUUGCAAAUCAUUGUAUUCUGUUUUUAUUUGUUUAACACAACAUCCCAACUUCACUGGAAUUGGGGUUGUGUGUGUGUAUAUAUAUAUAUAUAUAUAUAUAUACAUAUAUAUAUAUAUAUAUAUAUAUAUAUACACUAUUACCACUCCCAGUGAACUGUCAAACAAAAUUUAAAGCACCACAUGGCCUCCACUAGCUUAAUCCUAACACAUAAUGGGAAACUGCGUAGACAGUCGAACAAAACUAGCAUUGGUGUUGCGCAUAAUAACCCUUUAAGCAAUGGAUAUUUGAACACAAACGGUGGCGCAACACACGUCCACAGAUAAUAUAACAGUAUUCAAAGGCAGCUUUGGUUUAUCCUCUUCGAAAAACAUGUAUCAAUGCAUCUUACUGAGGGAUUGUGACCGUCUUCAUGUAUAUCCAUGUCUGUAUUAUACUGCGCCUAGAUGGCCAAAGGCGUACAUGCCAGGAGGAGGAGCAUGAUGGCCAUUGAAUUGAAGCAAAAAAAGUGUGAGGAAAAACUGUUCAUUGUAGUGCUUUACAUUCUCUUUAAUUUCCAUUACCGUAUGUUUGACGGUGAUUUGAGCUACGGAUGUCACGUGCGUGGUCGUGGAACGUACAAACUCGUAUCUUAAGGCACCACUGUAUGUCGAAGUGAGGGCAGGAGCUUUGAUGAGACCGGACAAAGCGUCGACCAAUAGAAAAGUGCUUUGCUCCCAUCUUGUGGCAGCUGUAUGCAAUUCUUCUCGGUGGCAGGUCCUGAGUCUGGACCGGACUGCGGUCUUUCAGACUGCUGCAAAUUCCGCUUUGUCCAGCAGAAAACAAGCUGCAAACACCUUGCUGACAUUUGAACCCCCUCCACCUUUUGGGGGGGGGGGCGGACACACCAAAGUGAAUUUGUGUGAAUGUUUGUCUAAACACUGGCACUACAAUUAGUCCACUUAUUUGAAUAAACUUUUCCUGAGACUUG